GCGGUUUAAAAUGUAAGCGUACACUUAGAUUUAUAAAAUGAUAAGCAAGAAAUCGUUUUUAAUAUAGUUCAGGCGAACGACUGGUUCUCUUAAAAACAUACCGCUCGACCCUUGUAAGAGGUUAAGCCAUGAGGCCUUACUGUAGAAGCUUUCACACAUCGCUUUCUCUUCUCAAACUCCUAAAACCUGUCACCCGCCAAUGGCCAAUCGCCUGCUUCAGGUCCAGUACCUCUACAUUAUCUCAAAGACGUUGCCUCUCCACACACAUCUCCACCCCUCAGCCGCAAAUCACCCAGGAAUCGGUGGAAAUCCUCGGCCGGGUCUACCCCAGAGACGACAUGACCAACGUAACGGCUAAAAUCCUGUCCAUGCUGGGCCGAGAUCUUCACAACCAGACGCAUCAUCCGCUGUGGAUCAUUAAAGAACGGAUUAAAGAGCAUUUUUACCGUUCCUACACAAACCGGACUGGCACGCCACUCUUUUCUGUCCAUGAUAACCUCAGCCCAGUGGUGACAGUGGAGCAGAACUUCGACAGCCUGCUCAUUCCCAAAGACCACCCGAGCCGAAAAAAGGGUGACAACUACUACCUUAGCCAGAGUCACAUGCUCCGGGCACACACCUCCGCCCACCAGAAGGAGCUGGUACUCUCCGGGCUCGAUCGCUUCCUGCUAGCUGGGGACGUGUACAGGAGGGACGAGAUCGAUGCAAGUCAUUAUCCUGUCUUCCACCAGAUGGAGGGAGUGCGACUUUUCACCAACCAUGAGCUGUUUGCACAAGUGCAGAACGGCGAGGAUCUGUCGCUCUUUGAGCACGGAGGUCGACGCACACCGCAGAAGCAGGAGACUCACAGUCUGGAGGCUGUGAAGCUGGUGGAGUUCAACCUGAAACACACUCUCACACAGCUCAUCAGGCACCUCUUCGGGGAAGAGCUGGAGAUCCGCUGGGUAGAGUGCUACUUCCCUUUCACGCAUCCCUCCUUUGAAAUGGAGGUGCGUUUUCAGGGCGAUUGGCUGGAGGUGCUGGGAUGUGGUGUGAUGGAACAGGAGCUGCUGUACUCAGCGGGUGCUGAGAAUAAAAUUGGCUGGGCGUUUGGCUUGGGCCUGGAAAGACUCGCUAUGGUGCUGUUUGGCAUACCGGAUAUCCGACUCUUCUGGAGCAAAGACGAGCGCUUCCUGAAACAGUUUCAUCUGGCCAACAUCAAUGACUCUGUGACCUUUCAGGCCCUCAGUAAAUACCCACCGCUCUUCAACGACAUCUCCUUCUGGCUGCCGGCUGAAGGCUACACGGAGAACGACUUCUACGAUUUGGUGCGCAGCAUCGGAGGAGAUCUGGUGGAGAAGGUCACUCUGCAGGACCAGUUUACUCAUCCAAAAACCAAGAAGGUGAGCCACUGUUACCGCAUCGCGUACCGUCACAUGGAGAGAACUUUGAGCCAAGAAGAAGUGCGGCUGAUUCACCAAGCCAUCGAGCAGACAGCAGAGCGAGAGCUGGGUGUACAGGGAAGAUUCUGAUUCCUGCUCAGCCUGUAUCCACUCAACCACAACAACCGAAAAAAUGUGAUUUCUCACAAAACACGCUGUUGUAGGUUGCAUACAAAACAUGGACAAGGCAAGAGGUCAUUGUUUUAAAAAGGACAGCUUGCACAGACUUUACCGUAGAUCAUUUUAUACUUGAAUCACUUUUGGUUUGUUGUUAUAAACAAAAAUCUUGUGCUCCCACAUGCACUGUUGACCUUGAUCCCUCUCAUUUUACCAGUUUCAUCGCUCGUAUACCGAACACAUGCAGUGUUCUUAAAUCCCUUUUCUCUUGCCGCCUGCAGUAAUCUUGCAUCUGAAGCUCUGAGAGGCUGAUCUUAAAUACCGCCAUCACAGCAGCGUGUCGCCUGGAGGGAAAGGUCUUUGAUUUAAUGCAGACAUUCUGUAGUCCGUUUACUCCGGUGGAUUCCAGCCAGCAGGGAAGACAAAAGAAACGAGUCUGGAAAGACUUGCUUGGCACUUAUGGCUAACUUUGUAUUUCCUUUAAUGACCAUUUCAGAUUGAAUACAAUGACUUUCUUCCUUAAAAAUAAAAUUACUUAGAGAGUUAAAUAUUUCAGGAAACAUUUUUGGGAUAAAAGCGACAGCUAACAUGUCCUGUAAUGUAAUGUUAGACUCUUUGGUCAUUAAUAAUAAAGUAAAUGUUGCACAAGGUGUCUGAUCAGUUGGAAAAAGUUGCACUCCUGCAUUGCUGAUAAAGAUAUCAGUGUUACUGGUUGUUUAUCAUUAAGUUAUACCGGAUAAUGAUUCGAAUCAGAGUUAAUGUUACUACCCAAAGUUUUCCAAGACCAUGUCCUGAAGUGUUUCAUUCCUCUUAUAUCAGAGCGAUUUGACAAUAAAUGACACUUUUUUAAUUAAAGAACAACUUUUUAUCACUUUGUGUUUACGUACCAUGCUGUGAAACAUCUGCAAAACACAUUAGUUCAUGUUAUCGCUUAUGUCAGAGCGGAUAUAAACAGUUAUCCCCCCCUCACCAUUUGUCACUUCCUUGACAUUAAUAGGACAAAAAGGAAUCUGAGAAACAGGAAAGCACACACUCUCUUCUGAAGACUCUCCUAUGGCAGAAAAAUGACUGUCACAGAACACUGACACUUGUAAGUCCUAGAUUACGUGAAUUGUUCACCAUACAAGUCGAUGUGAAUGUGUUGUUACAUAUCACAUAUUAGAAUGUAUUAGAGCUUUAAUAUAAACCUGUGAUAUGCCUUGAAGCCGGCACUCAACACACUCAGAACAAUCAGAUUUGUGAUUAGAACAGCACUUUUCUAACAUCCACAUACACACUUAUAUGGUAUAACCUACUGAAUCCUACAGGGUCAAGACUUCAGUAUUUGUGUUACAUUUGCUACUCAGAACCACUCUGACCAGGGUUUUAUGAGUUUUUUUUGGGGGGGGGCUUUCUAAACCAAUGAUGCUUAGGCCAGGAGUUCUUAAACUUUUUGCAGCCACCAACAAAAUAAGCACAAUACAAUAACAGCUGGACAAUGUCAGUGUCCCCAGUGAAUGAAUGUACUCAAAUCUUUGCAGUCUGGGCACAUAAAAAAAUACAUAUAAUCAUCAUUUUCAAAAUAUCAUUGUUUUAUUGUAUACAAUAUCAACAAAAAUAUACUAAUAUUAAUAUGCUAUCAAAUAUUUUUGUAAACAUUUCCAUAUACCCCCUAUAGAAAUACAAUACCGAACUCAAUGAUUGAUCUUCAGUAACUGUUUUCCCCUGCUCAGGGUUACUGUGGAUCCAGACCAAAUCCUAGGUGCAAGGUGGAAAAAUUUACCUCACUUGGGGCUCCAAUCCAUUAGAGGGCUCCAUGCACAGUCAUACACUCCUAAAGUUUAACAUAGACAAAUUUCCUAACUGCAUGUUUUUGGGAAGUGGUAAGAAACCGGAGAACAGACAUGAGAGAACAAGCGAAACUCCACCCAGAGCUCAGGAUAAAACUGAGAACUGCAAUAUUUUAUGAGGAUUCCUAUCGCAAUCAAAAGUGGAUAAAUGUACACUACCCGUCAGAAGUUUGGACACAGCUUUUAAUUCAAUGUUUUUUGUUUAGGGAUUUAUUUUCUACAUUCUAGAACAAUACUGGAGAUUUCAAAACUAUGAAAUAACACACAUGGACUUAUUAUUAUUAUUAUUAUUUUAAGACACGAAGGUCAGGUGUUCAGGAAUAGUUCUUGCAAGAACAGUAUUGUCAAGUGCAUUUGCAAAACCCAUCAAGCACCAUGAUGAAACUGGCUCACAUGAAGACCAUCCCAGGAAAGCAAGACCAAAAUUUACCUCUGCUGCAGAGGAGAAGUUCAUUUAGAGUUACCAGCCUCAGAAAUCACCAAUUAACAGCACCUCAGAUUAGAGCCGUUAUGAAGGCUUUACAGAGCAUCAGUAGCAGACAUAUCUCAAUAUCAACUGUUCAAACGAGAUUAUUGUGUAUUUCGGCCGCCUUCAGCAUUGUUUUACAAUGUAGAAGGAAAUAAACAUCAGGAAAGACCAUGGAAUUAGAAGAUGGGUCCAAACAUUUGACUGGUAGUGUACAUCAUCAUCAGCUUCACCUUUUGGAACCAUUUUCUCCUAAACAUUCCACACAAAGCACCUAAAACUACUAGGUUCUAUUGUGAUAAAAUGUAGAAUUGAACUUAGUGUAACUUUUUGGAAGUUUUAAGUUCUGACAGGAGUGUUGGUCGAUAGCACUCAGUAUAAGCAGUGUGCUUUAAUUGGAUUUCUUACUAAUGAGAUUUGUAAUCUUUGUUUCUAGCUUUAACAUUAACUGUGCAACUUGUUUGUUGGAAUGCCAAAGGAUAUUACAGGAGUGGACCUUUUGGGGUUUUUUCUUGUUGGUGGUUAGGGUUUUUUUUUUUCCCCUCUUUUUAUUCAUUAGGACUUUUAAUUCAUGAGCUUAGCAUAAGACUAGACAAGCCAUGUUGUAUCGUUAAUUAAAAAUGUCGAGUAGGUCAGUGAGUUUGCAAGUGACAGUACAGCGUUCUCACUUCUUACAAAAUACUUCCUGUUUCCCAUUGUUUUCCUGUUCAUUAAGCAGGCUUUUUAAACAAAAACAGCAAUGAAUCCCUAAGUCCCAUUAUUGUGUGUUGGAGUAAACAGUGGAACCUUCGACUCUAUUGCAUGUGCUCACUGGGACAGGUUGGGGGGAAAACUCACAGCCUCCAAUAUGGUAUUUGUUCGACCGUGCCAAAGAAAAGAGUGGGCUGCAUCCAAAUUAUUCCAGCAUUGUGUGUGGGUGUGGGUGUAUAUGGAGGGGGGUGUUUCUCGCCCCCAUCCCUCCCUCCCAUGUUUAUAAAGGGUGACAAAAGAAUGAAGGGAUAGCCUCUUCAGGGAGAGAGUUCAAUUGCAGUCACAGUAAUGAAUGUGUGAUGUUUUGCAAUCAAAACCUGAAUGGAUCCUGCACGGAUUGCCGAGCACCGAGCCCGUCCACUGGGGCUUAGCCUUUUGUGUUAAUGUGUUACUUUUUGCUCAGGGCCACUUUGGAUAUGCAAAAUCAUUUUAUGUCACUUUUUUUCUUCUGUGGUUUGACAAAAAAUGAUUGGAUGACAAAAAUAUUUUCUUCUUCUAUUGAGUUGAGAGUUGAGCACCCUCUUGUUUUGUGGAUGUGAUGGUUUGGAUUGAUUUUUUUUCAUUUUUUCUAGAAACAUGACUAGGUGCAAAUUGAAACACUGCGAUAUAAAAACAGGAGGAAAACUACAUAUUGUCCUGUCAGUUUUAAUUCCAGUCAAUUGUUGGGUUUGUAUUGAAAAAAUGUACUGUAUUGAAACAUGUGUAAGAGAGUAUACAAAGAGAGAAGUUUUUCCGGGGAAAGCAAAAAACUGACUAACAUCCUGCCCUUGGGUUUUGGGUUGAAGGUGGAAGUUAAUUUAAAGUUCUUUGUGUUAUAACUUCAAAUCAAGGGACUGUAGAGCGUGUGGGAAAUUGGACAAUGUUCAGUCUUCCACCUCUGUGAGAAUGAGAGAGUUGAUUUUGGAGGUUCGAAUACCGGCUUGUCCAGGAGCGGUGGAGUCAAUACUAUAACCAGAGGCAGGCAAACACCACUGAAAACAGUGUGGAUCAAUUUGUGGAAAUUACAUGAGGAGAAAAACGCAAACAAGGCAUCAGUCAGCUUCUGUUCAGGGUGUG